AACGUUAUAUGGUCUAAGUCUAAGUUGAAAGCAGUUAUUAGCCGACCAUGCGAAUACCACCGAUCAAGAGAUGUAUUUGUUUCGCACUGAUCUGCGCUCUUCUGGUAAUAUUUUUUUUGUCAAUCAAAGAAUAUGAAGGAGCUGACCAGCAGAUUGGACCCGUACGUACAACGGAAAUUGACUCUAGCCAGCACCUGAAGCCGCCCUCUUCCAGUGAACCAACUUCUGCAAAGAAGCUUUGGUUCUUUAAAAAUGGUGAAUUAUAUCCCAGUCCGGCAAAGGAAUACUCGAGAAACUUGUAUAUACCCGAUUAUUGGUUGCUGCCGGAUCUACGACUGUCUCAAACCGAUCGCAUUGUCAACCAGCUGAUGUACGUGCCGUACGACUACGGGGACGUCAAGGCCAGCCGUCAGAUAAAAACCAUUCUCCUCUAUAAUGGUCUGCUUAAGUGGAAUGUGACGAAGGGCCGUGAUGUGUUUGUGAGCGACAAGUGUCCUGUGGAUACCUGUCAAUUAACUGACGAUAUGGGUAUGGUCGAAGAUGUCGAAAUGAUCCUCUAUAAGGACCGCUACACACCCACGGCAAAAGUAAGUUCAGUGCGCAGGAUCCGUGCCCUAUAUACGAGUCAAAUCACGAUGCUCUACAAUCUUGAAUGUCCUUUUAACACACUAGAAUUAAACGUGCCCGAUGCCAUUAACUGGACGGCCAGUUACAGGCGCGACAGCUCUAUAGUUACGCCCUAUUCGAAGUGGGUGUACUACGAUGACAACGUGCAGCAGAGAGCGCAGGAUCGAAACUAUGCCGAGAACAAAACAAAGAAGGUGGCCUGGUUUGUGUCCAAUUGUAACGCAGAUAAUGGCAGACUUGAGUAUGCUCUAGAGCUCCAAAAGCACAUCGAGGUGGAUAUUUAUGGCGCCUGUGGCACGUUGCAAUGCUCGCGUGUUACCUCAGAAAAGUGCUUCAAGUUACUCGAAACAGAUUACAAGUUCUAUUUGGCAUUUGAAAACUCCAACUGCAAGGAUUACAUCUCGGAGAAAUAUCUUGUGAAUGCCCUGGAUCGAGGGGUGCUGCCGAUUGUGAUGGGAGCCCACCCGCAGGACUACGCGGCACUCGCACCUCAUGACUCCUACUUACACGUCGAUAGUUUUGGCUCGCCAAAGGAUUUGGCCGAGUACCUGAUGGUUCUGGACGCUGAUGACGAUCUGUACAACUCGUACUUCUUGUGGAAAGGGACGGGGGAGUUUAUUAAUACGCACUUCUGGUGUCGGGUCUGUGCCAUGCUGCAUAACAAAGUUCAGCUGAAAAAGCCGUACUUUUAUAAGGAUUACAAUGACUGGUGGGGUGGCCCGAACGUUUGCACCAACGGAACCUGGAACAAUUUCACAAAAGUGGGCUUAGACCCAAGCCAAGUUCAUUCAAGCUAAAACAUGUUCCAACAGAAUAUAAAUACAAACUGUAA